AUGAUCCCCAGGGUGGCGGUGAUUUUAUUGUUGGCUUAUGUUGGGCCUACACUACAAGCCGGACGUUGUGGCGUCCAGCAAUAUCAAAAAUGCCUCAUCAGUGACCCAAGCCAAUUCGGAGAAACGCUUGAGGAGGUGACUCAGAAACAUUGCGAAAACACAAAGACAACCCUCGAAAAAUGUGCACCAUGUGCUCUGGGUUUGGCCAAGUUCCGAGCCGAAGCUUUUUGCGAUGGUAAAAAAUUGCGAGAUGGUAAAGACUUCGACAAGCAGGUUGAAAAAUGCCACGAGCAUCACGAUACGAAGAUCGAGGAGGACAAGGCAACAUGUCAGGCAAUGUACCCGCCUGAGCAGCGCGAGAAUCCGCAGAUGGAUUGCAAAAUCUGGCCGAAAUUCGUUGACUGUAUUAUCACAAAAAGGCUGGCAAUCCGCGGGGACUGUGGCAAAAUUCUGGCGGCCAUGUGGUACGAGUCGCUCUUCACGAAUGUCAUGAUGGGUUUCAUCUCAUUGUCUGAGGACACCCCAAUUUGCGACACCUUCUUGGACACGCUGCUCGAAAAAGCUGAACGAUACAAACGAUAUGAUGGCGAAGUAGUGGAAUUGGCA